AAAGGGACAAUAUAUUUAUGCGCCUUUGAUACCAUUGAAAAAAAGCAGUAUAAGUUAAGACUAUCUGGUUUUCAGAAAAAAUGUACAUUAUGGGGACGCAAAUUUGAACACUAUAUGUUAUCAGGUACACCUUCCACAAAUCCAGAUUUAUCUGUUCCUUUUAAUCAAAAUGAAAUAUUUUGUUGUGUAUUCAAGUCCAAGCUUAGGGAAACAGUUUUACUUUAUGCAGGUGAAAUAGAUGGUAUUCGUUCCCAACAGCAAAUACAAGACACAUUAGUAGGAAAAGAUGUUGAAUUAAUAGAAUUAAAAACUGUAAGUUUUAAAGCUUUUAACAGCUAUGGUUGCAUCAAAGCACAUAAGACUCUAGGAUGGUGGUGUCAGAGCUACUUAGCGGACAUACAAAACAUUGUAUGUGGUCUUAGAAAUGAUAAUGGUAUUGUUACCAAGAUAAAGGAAUAUAAGCUCAAGCAAUUAGUAUCUGAAGGAAAAUUUUCAUGGAAUGAUGGAGUAUGCAGAAAUUUUUGUGAUAAGUUUCUACAGCAAGUAAAAACGAUUGUUACUAAGGACUGCAAAGAAUGUCUCUAUAAAUUUACAUAUGAACCAGGAAGUGACAGCAUUAUAGUUGACGAAAUAAAACCUAAUCCUAACUUGGAAUACACAUUUUUAUAUUCAUGGUAUAUUGCUAAAGCGAAACAACAUUUCGAAAAACGUUAAGAUACUUUUCCAUUAUUUAUAUUCAAUGUAACUAUAAACAUAAAAACUGUAAAUGUAUGAAUAAUUUUAAUGUAUAUGUUAGAAGCAAAAUCACGAGAAUUCAGGAAAUAAACAUAAAGAUACGUAUGUA